AUGUAUAAUCCUCUCAUUCUUUAUCAUUUUGUUUUGCCAUUUUCUUUCUUUUUCUCUUUGUUUUCCUUCCUUUCAUUCUUCUUUCUUUCUUUCACGUUUUCUUACGACAUUUCUUUUUCCUCUUUUCCUUCCAUCAUUCUUUAUAAACUCUUUAUGUCUUUAUUCUCUAUCACUAUGUUCUCUUGUUUCUUUAGUUUUAUUGUCCUUCUUUCAUUUUAUAUGAUUAUCUAUAUUCUUUUCUAUGUUCCGUCAUUCUUUAUUACUAUCUCUUUCUUUAUGCUUCAUCAAUUUCUUCUUUCCUUUCCCGCUUCCUUCAUUUUCUAUAACAUGCCCCAUUUUGCAUUCUCUAUUCUUUUCUAUCACUUUCUUUUUCUUUCUUUAAUUUCUAUCCUUCAGUCUUUCCCUUUUUCUUCCUUUUUCUUCUCUAUUAAUUUUUCUUUCAUUUUUUCCUCCAUUCAUUAUCACUCUUUUACUUCUUCUUUCUCUAUAACUCUUUCUUUUUUUCCAUUUCUAUUACAGUUUAUUUCUUUCUAA